CAUUCCUUUUCAAGCGAAGAAGAUGUCAAGUGUGGUUUUUUUUUGGUUGGUAGGCUUGGGGAGGUGUUUGCGACUUCAGUACACCCACGCAGCAGCAGCAGCAGCAGCAGCAGCAGAGCGAGGUGACAGCAAACAGCGAUGAGAUGAGAAAGCAGAGAGUACAGUGAGAGAGAGAAGUGGGAUUUAUUUCUGUCAAGCUGGUUGUUGUGGAACGAUAAGAAAGAAUGGGGAAACUUUUUCUCUUUUUCCUUGUUUUUGUUCUCUGUUUGAGUGGCACUCUUCAGAAAAAAGGGAAACAGGAAAAGAACAACAGCAACAGCUCUGCCGUUGCAGGGCCAAGAACAUUUUUUGGGGAGCCAGCCAUUAAGACCAAGUCCUUGUUUGUCCUAAAUGAGACACAGGCUCCCCUUCCAUCUGAAUCCCCUCCAGCACUGCAGUCCCUUAGCAACAGCACAGUGGGGUUCCUGGACGGGGUCCUGAGCACCCGGGUAAUCCCCAUCAUUUACAUGUUGGUCGUCGCUGUCGGGAUCCCGGCCAACGUCGCCAUCUUGUGCACGCUGGUCACAAAAGUCAGGAAGGUGUCCUCCGCCAUCCUGUACUGCAGCCUGGCCGUCUCCGACCUCUUCCUCCUCCUCUCCCUCCUCUUCAAGGCUCAAUACCAUUUCCAUGGAAACAACUGGGUGCUCGGGGAGGCUGCGUGUCGGUUGGUCACGGCCUGUUUCUAUGGCAACCUCUACUGCUCGGCCCAGACGCUGGCCUGCAUCAGCAUCAAGCGCUACCUGGCCGUGGUGCACCCGUUCAUGUACAAAAGCCUCCCCAAAAGGGCGGUCACUGCGUGGGUCACCGUGGCAGUGUGGGGGGCGUUCGGGGCCGCCGUGGUCCCCGAGCUCCUGGUGCAGCAGAGCUAUUGGCUCCCUGAGGUGCGACGCAUCACCUGCCAUGACGUCCUGCCCGUGUUCUCCGAAUCCCACGUCUUCCUGCUCUACUACAACCUGUUUCUGACCGUCUUCGGCCUCCUAGUGCCGCUGGUGGUUACGGUUGUGUGCUACGGUCGCAUCGUGUGUGAGCUCAACCGAUCUCACCACGACUGGGCCAUGUACAUCCAGGCCAGCUCUCUGGUGUUUGUGAUCUUCCUGCUGUGUUUCACUCCCGCUGGAGUCCUGCACCUCCUCCAUUAUGCGCAACUGUUUGUGUACGGGACAGAGAGUUUGUACGUCCAUUUUAAAGUGGCGGUGUGUUUGUGUUGCCUCCAUGCAUGUUUGGACCCUUUCCUCUUCCUCCUGAUGUCAAAGUCUGUAGGGACAAGGCUUUACUUCAGGGCCUUUAAAGGCAAAACUCUGAGCUUGUCCGUCUAAAAGCGUAUUUAUGUGUUACCAAAAACUGUUUGUUGCAGAUAAAGAGGGAGUUUUUUCUUUGGGGCUGGAAUCCAAAGAGAAAUAAAAGGACUGUAGUUAUGAUGCAAGCAAUGGAACAACCUUUUUGUUGCUUUAAAUGUGUUGUCCGGAAUAAUAUUUUUUUAUAUAGCAAUACUUCUCAUGUGUGAGAAUACGUGAAAGAGAUUGAAUGGAGAUGCUUCAUUUGUUAAUGGAUGUGUUUGUAAAUAUGAAAAGAAAGUAUGCUUUUUUUAAAUAAUUAACAUGAUAUCGUUAAUAGUUUUGAUUCAUGGCUUUACAACAGUCUUCCUUGUGGAAUGUUUCAGUAUGUGUUGAACACUUGCUGUGAGGGGCAUUAAUUUAAUACCUAUCUGACAAGCUAUAACAUGAACUGUCUUUAGCCUCCAAGGCUUUUCUGUGUUCUCGUCAUAUAUGGAGCUGUGAUGACUAACUAUGACUAAGCUAUAUGCUGUGUUUAACUAAGCUAUAUGCUGUGUUUAAUGUUUACUUGGAUUUCUUGUAGCGCCUAGAAGUGUCUUAAGCCAAUUUAGCUUGAAUCCCUCCUCAUACAGACAAACUAAAUGUAAUUUGUCUACAACUUAGAACAUCUCUGUAUAGUAUAUUCAGAUAUGUUCCCAAAUAUGUAUUCAAAUACGCUUUGUUUCUCCUAUCUUUUAAUAAUGAACCUCCCUCCACUGAAGGGAGUAUGCAUUUCCUGCCCAGCCUGUACCAGGAUGUAGGAUACACACACACCAACAGCAUACACUAGACUAAUUAACAUAGAGUUACAAAAAUACAAUAAAAAAAAAAAGGAAAUCUUGUGACUUCCUCUUAAUCAAAAAUAAAUAUAAGUCUGUGGCUUGAAUUUAAAUAUUAAAUACGCUUUGGGUAGUGCAAUCAGUGUUAUGUUAACCAACAUGUAGGACAUUUUGUAAGGCACUGCAGGGACUUAACCACUGAAAGUGCACCAUAUAGAGCACUUUAUCUUUUUUAUAUACAUAAUAUACUUUUCCAACAUGAUCGGCCAUUAAUACACCCCAAAUGUAUAUCUUUAUUCAAAACAAAUCAGGUUAUUUAAGGCACAGAUUAAGUGUGCUGUAUCUGUAAUGUUGUUUUGUAAAUGUUAUACACUUUAUUCCAAUUGUACUAAGGUGGAAGUUGUGGGCUCUUUUUUUAAAAGGGAUUGUUAUCCAUUUAAAUGUAGUAAUUUCAACUUAAAA